UUGACUUGGUGGACAGUCGAGCUUCAUCUCUGAGUUGACUGUUGAUCGUUAGAGAGUGUGGGCAGGGAAUUUUAUAGGAAAUAAAAAAGAAAUCACUUUAUAAAGUAAAAACGCCAUGGAUUGAUAAGAGACACUUGCGUGCAAAGUGCAAAAAUGAAGCAGCAGUCACAGAAACUGCAGAUAUCUGUCAUCUGUGGCCACACGGACAGGCAUGACAGUAGCCAGCUCUCACUGUGCCGAUAGACAGGGAUGAAAAAUAGCCCUCCAGAUGGAUAAUUACCAGCGAUUGGAUUUAUAAAAGACGCCUUCAUCGUCUAUAGUACCUGGAUCGUGGUUUAACAAGUCUCAGACAACAUGUGAUUCUAAUAAACUCGCGGAAAAAAGGGAGAGAAAACAUUGCGACGAUUCGUAAGCAUUCGAAAAGCUUGAAGAAUCAUAAUUCUCGAAGGAAUAAUGUUGUGAAAAUUGAAUGUCAAUUCAGGAAGCAUUAUUUGUAAAUAUGUCGUUUGCGCAUCUGCUGCGAUGGUCUUCUUCAAAUAUUUUUUAAUGUAAAUAUAUUAGUAAUUGAUUCAUGUUAACAAAACCUGAAGCAACGCGUGUGAAGAACAGACAUGGUUCAGGUACACAGGAAAACGAUUUUUAACCCGCUCUGGUGUAACUGACUAGAUUUGAUGUCCUUUAUAAUGAUGUCAUCUGUUUUUUUGGAAAAAAUCAUCGUUAACGACAGCGUUGCAGAUUCCGUGUCAGGAUUAUACCUCGGGGAAUAAUUUCCUGAGAUAUUUGUGGAGAGUUUUAAAAACCCAAGGUUUGUCAGCGCUUUAUCAGAUUCAUUGUUAGAAACCUGGUGAAGAAUAGCGUUUGAAUGGUUUUUUUUAAUGUCUUUGACGUUUUGAGCAACAUGUUGUACUGUGUGUGAAAUCGUAUUUUAUCGAUGUUUGGAUCUGUUUUCAUUUUCCAUGUGUUAAAAAUACCUACGACGAAGAACUGUGACCAGGCUCAUUGAUGUUCAAUUUUUUUGUGAUUUUAAACAACUUGUGAUUUUUUCAUUGUUGAUGAGGAUUAACUACGCUGUUUAAUCGAAACACACUUGUCAGGAACCUUCUAUACUAUGUGUUGGCGGAUCCCUUGCUUUCUGAACCGUGAAAUCAUCAAAGCGUAAAGGUUGCCGGGAAAAUCUUUCAAUAUUUUUGGCGGGAAAAUCAGCCCGUAUGGAGGAGUCUUCCUCCAGUGAGGCAAUUGCCAGCGUCAGAGAGACCACACCCUUCGUACGAGACAAACAGCGAACCAGAGAAAUGAAUUAUAUUUGUGCGAUUGGUAGUCGUAUCAUGAAGAUGAUCGAUCGCUACUUGUUUGAUAUAGAUCAUGACUUGGAAGAUUUGGAAAUGCAGGUUGUUCGUUAUAAACCGGAAGGUCUGGAUGUCCUGUGCCGGAAGUCAAAGUUCACCCGGAAGGAGCUACAAAUUAUGUAUAGAGGCUUUAAACAGGUAGAAUGUCCUACCGGCAUCGUGAAUGAAGAAACGUUCAAGGAGAUCUAUGCACAAUUCUUUCCACAGGGCGACUCUAGCGCCUACGCUCAUUAUGUGUUCAACACUUUCGACCAUGAUCGGAAUGGAUCUCUGAGUUUCGAGGAGUUCGUGAUGGGCUUAUCAGUAUUAUCCAGAGGAACUCUCCAGGAGAGACUGCAGUGGGCUUUCAAUUUGUACGACAUCAAUGGCGACGGCUUCAUCACCAAGGACGAGAUGACGGACAUUGUGUCGGCCAUCUACGAGAUGAUGGGCCGAUUCUCCGAACCGAUGGUCGACGAAAACACCACCAAAGAACACGUGGAAAGAGUAUUUCACAAAAUGGAUAUCAAUCGUGACGGCGUGAUUACGUUUGACGAGUUUAUGGAGACGUGUCGUAGGGACGAAAACAUAACAAAAGGAAUGGCAAUUUUUGAUACAGUCCUUUAACAGCGAAUAUGUCAAAACUGAAACCAAAGGUCCGUGGGUUGUUGUUUUCUUGCCAAAGUGUGCGACAUGAGAUGACACAUAUUGACGUAAGUUUGGGGACACACGGGUGACCAGACUGCGGUGGAGACAUUGCCAAAAAUAAACUCUAACCUUUCCAAAUCAAGACCAAUCAAUGUUUGUCCGAGAUGUGAACUUCCGGUUCAAUUUACCGGACCUGGAUAUGACGUCAAUGCCUUCUGUAUGUUGAGAUCUCAUUCUCCUCCCGUUUUAUGCGAGAUGAACACUUCGAUCUCCUAAAAUUAACCAAUGGCGAAGUGCAGAAUCAGAUGUAUCUGUUUAAACCCUCAUUUAGAUUAAAAUAUCAAAAGUUAUUAAUAUUGUAAAUAUUUUAUUGACCUGUAUAUUGUUCUGUGUAAUGUGACAUCAUGUUAUUUGAUAAGAGUUGACCCAUGCGAAAUAGAAUGUAGUAGAAUUUGUGCGUAUAUGUAUACAAGAUGAAUUCAGAGAGUGACAUGACAAACCGAACCACCAGUAAAUUCAUCUGCAUGAGAAUCUGACUUCAUGAUUUCAAGUACGUGUACGUUUGAAUAUUUAAAAAGUUGUUUUACCCAUAGGCUAUGAUAAAUUGAUAAAUAUAAUAAAUGAAUAUAAUCCUGCCUAUAAUAAACUUGGGAAAAUCAAAAUAUUUUCAAAAACGAUUGUACUUUGGAGACAAAAAAAAAACAAUUAGUAUGCGUGCUAAUUCGUGUUGAGGUGUGAACUGUUAUUCAAGCAUAAUCAUUUUGAUUUACAGGGUUUCAAAAGUUGAUUAAGUGUUAUUUCGAUAUGUGCAGUGUUUUGUGUGAUAAAAGCGGUUUAAAACUGCAGCAUUAAAUUAAUCUAUUUGUUAUGGUUGAUUCAGAUUGAUGUUUUAGCUUAUUUGUUUUUAAAUAAAAUCUGUUUGUUUGAUGUACAUGUAAGGGUACCCAAGACACACGCUUUAGGGCCUAAUUAAAUGUGAAUUGUGCAUCAAGUUUAAAAAGAUACAAAAUCUAUCUGAUAUAAAUUAUGAUAUCUUGACUGGCUGUGAAAUUAUGUUAACAACAUCAAGACACUGAUCGAUUGCAGGUCAUGACCUUGAUCUUUAAUUUGAAGGUCAUAUAAACUUAUCUAGAAUUUAAAAAAAAAACCUGCAAACCUGAAUUAUCCUCGUCUGAAUUAUAAGUUGUUAGAAAUGAUGACGUUAUCAUAUCUGUGAUUCUCACUAGACAUUCCCAACCUCCGCCUUGAUGUAAGCUGACCCAUGACCCUAACUUAUUGACCUUUCACCUCUGUAGUGUUGAUGUCAUUUAAUCCCCGUUUCAGAUUUAUUAAUGGAUGUCCCACGUUUCAAUAUAUAUUAUACUUCAUCAUGUCAAUGUUCUUUUUUAAAUUCUCGAGAAUUGUUGCCAAUAAAAGUUACACAAAAAUAUCACAGUA